UUCACUUCACCGGCUUCCCGUCUGUUGAAGGAUAUAUUUUACAUUUUUAUUAUUUUGAUUUUAAAUCUCUUAACAACCUCAACUUGUAAUCUAUAACUGAGCUUGGCCUUUUUAAAUGAAAACUCAAGCUGUUCUUUUGUUGUUUUCUAUUCAGGUGGUCCAUAGAAAUGUCUUCUAAAGCCGAUCCUCCUCCAUCCUACGAGGAAGCCCUGAAACACCCUAAGUUGAAGAAAUACCCCUUCCAGACACGACAUGGCGGCGCUCUCCCCCCUCCUCCACCCUACAGCCCCAGUACGGUCGCACGCGUCAGCCCGCCCGGCUACCGGGACCAGAGAGGCGUCUACCCACAGGCCGGCAUGUGUCCAUGCCCCUGCGUCCCUCCGUCUGUCAUGCCCAUCCCCACUCUGUCAGCAGGACUGCCUGCGUCCAGCCCAGGAGAAAUGGAUGACUUUUUCAGCAACCAGUGGGAAAGCACAUCCGUUCGUCACGCCUUCAUCAGAAAAGUCUACUUGAUUUUGACCGUGCAGCUUGCCUUCACCUUCGCGGUCGUCGGUGUCUUUACGUUUGUCGACCCUGUGAAGCAGUUUGUCAUCAGAUACCCAGCCAUCUACUGGGCUUCUUUUGCCGUGUUCCUUUUGGUGUACUGCAUUCUCAUCUGCUGCAAAGGGCCGAGGAGGCGUUUUCCGUUGAAUCUGGUGCUGCUGGGAAUAUUUACUGUUGCCUUAUCUUAUAUGGCUGGAUCAGUUUCAAGCUACUAUGAAACCAAAGCGGUGAUUAUCGCCAUGGGGAUAACAGCGAUAGUGUGCGUAGCGGUGACAGUCUUCUGCUUCCAGACGAAGGUGGACUUCACCUCCUGCGGGGGUCUUCUCAGCAUCGCUGCUGUCCUGCUCAUGAUCAUUGGGGUUGUUACGGCCAUCGUGCUCUCCUUCCAUUAUGUCCCCUGGCUGCACAUGCUCUACGCUGCAAUCGGAGCCGUCGUUUACACUCUGUUUUUAGUGUACAACACCCAGCUUCUCGUUGGGAACCGGGAGCUGGCCAUCAGCCCAGAGGAGUACAUCUACGGAGCGCUCUCUCUCUACGUCGAUAUCGUUCACAUCUUCCUCUUCAUCCUGCAAGUCAGCGGUGCAGCAACCGAGUAAAGCAAUCACCUGGCAACAUUUUAUCAGCAAAGCCUGGAUGUACACAGAGGAUUUUUUUUACAGCAAUGUCACAUUUAAGGAUGUGCACAAAUAAAAAAAAAAUACUUUUGUGUGUUAAAACUUAUUCACUGUUAUGUAAACUUUCAUAUAGUUUUAUUCAUGUCAGUAACACUGAAGCACUUUGAUGCUCUCUUAGGAGCAGAUUUGUAGAUCGGAGGCUUUUCUUUCAGCCAAGUAUGAGCGAAUAAAGGCACUUCAAGCCUUUUUGCCUUCCUUUAACAUUUAAAAUUUAAUAUUUUAGAUGCAUAUGAGCAAAUAGGUAUCUGAAUUAUUAAUCUUGUCAAACCUAAUUAUUAUUUUAUCAAUUUCUAUCCUUUCAACUGUUAAAAAGAUACAUCUACAAAGUGUUUUUUUUUUUAAUUAGCCCAGUUUUAUUUCUUAUUAAUUACUUACAAAACACAUGUAGUUACAGGCAAACAGUUGAAAACCACAAUCAGUAUUCUUAAUGUCUGUGCUGGUAAUACAAAGGACUCUGAUCUGUGUUACAGCGGCUUAAUCAUCCACUAAUUAAGCCUUAGAAAAAACACUUGUUGAUGAUUAGACGGUGAAUUAGACGUGUGCAGCCUCCUCUGGGAGCCCGAUCCUUCCGUCGAUGUGUCUGUUUUUACUUGUUAGAAAACUACGCGCACAAAUCAAUAAAGUCCGUUCAAGUA